AUGAACGUGACUCGAUAUUUCAACAAAAAGAGGAUAUGCAACUCGAACGAUAAGAAUGUCAAUUCUUCUUCCAUUAUGAACGACGAAGACCCAUUGUGUCGAGAAUCCGAGUUCCCUUACCUAGAAGUACGAAUACAUCAAGGAGAUUGGGAAUCAAGUGUCAUGACCGCUUGGAUUUAUCAGAUUGUAUUGAUGGAAUUGGUGGGAGUCCCUGCAACGGUGGGCCUCACGGGGGACUCUACCCAUUUGGCAAACUUUUAUUCGAUGGAAAAUGAAUUUGUGUAUUCCACCACGUCCUACAGCCCGGAAGGCCUGAAAAUGUCCAAUCGAGUCAUUGCCGGAUGCAACGAAACAGAAGAAGCCUGUGUGCAUGUGCUUCCAGUCGUGUGGAGUGGUCAAAAAGACGUUCUGAACGAAUUGUUCGAGCAAGAUGAAAUCAGUCUUCCCUCUCCCAAUGGAAUGUUGGGUGCUACGGGUCUCUUUCUUCCCAUUUCCACGGCCCGGGAUUAUCCACAGCUGACCUCCUUUUUGGGAUAUCAGGGCGAAUCCAAUCGACGAUUACUCGCACAACUCUUCAAACGACCAACCACCUGGAAGCAGUAUUGCGACGAGAUAUCCUCCAUCAAGUGUUCCUCACCCGACGGGGUGGCCUUUCGGUAUCCACCCAGCGACGAAGAAGGCAAGAAAUACUUUUUGCAAGGCCAAUUCAUGGGACAUUUUGAGACGACUCGAGAAUCCGACUGCUCCCGGACGUUGGACUGUACGGGAUACAUUGUGGGACCCCCCUGUGAUUUUACCAAUCAUUUGGAUUCCCAAUUGUUUUGGAACAACAUUGUGGGCCUCAAGCGAGAUGGUCCUCUGGAGGAAAAUGGAGGAUACAACAUGACCUCAAUGGCCGAAAUUUGGUUGGCGGCAGCGGCAACCCAAUCGCCAGUUCUCAUGUGGUGGUUCAGUCUCAAUGAAAUUCAACAAAUGUUUGACGAGACCCCCUGGAGUUUCCAGCCAGUCUUGCUCCCCAAACCAACGGCGGAUUGUUCGGAACGACGAACGACCAUUGACCAGCGAUGCGAUUUGGAUGUGAGCAUUCGCCGAGGCGAUGUACUAGGAUCCUGCGAUGACGAAGUCCAAGCCCUCAAAAAGGUAUUUGCUGUAUCACUCUCUAGAUUCAAUGCCGACAUGGAAGAAGCAGACCGAUCACCAGCCCAUGAAUUUCUUCAAAAUAUUAACAUUGACUCCUUGGAAAUGGGGGAUAUCUUGCGGCAAUGGGUCAUUAAGGAUAAUGACAGGUUUGGAAAUGAUGCUCGUGAAGCAGUCUGCGAAUGGGUGGUCGAAAAUCUUGACACUUUGGAAAAUUACAUUCCAGCGGGAUUCCCUCGAGAGGUGAUUGUUCGAGUCUACAAUUCUUGGUACACUUCGUUCGCACAGGCAAUAUCGAUCUCGACAGCUGUCAUGUCGGCCCUUGGCAUUGUAUUGGUUUCCAAAUACAGCAAAACCAAAGUCAUGGUGUUUGCACAGCCGACAUUCCUGUUCCUGGUGUUGAUUGGGUUUUUAUUCGUUUGUAUCGCGGCCUAUCUCAUGCUUUUGAGACCGACCACCUUCCUCUGCAUGGCUGUGGAAUGGUUGGUGGUUUUGGGAUACACAGUGACCCUAGUUCCAGUUCUGGUAAAGACGGCAGCGAUCAAUCGGCUGAUGAACUCGUCCAAGAAAAUGCAGAGAGUCCGACUGAAUUCCAAUCGGCUGUUUGUACGAGUGGCAUUGACGGUUUUCGUGGUCGGGAUUUGCAUGAUUAUAUGGACCAUCAACGACCCCCCAAUAGCCGAAUUUCGACAAGAAGUCUCAUUUGAUGAUCCACGACUUGUCAUCCGAGAGCUGGAAUGCGAGUCGCAAAGUAUGGUUUGGGUGGCAAUUCAGCUUGCGUGGGAAUGUCUGCUCCUGCUUAUGGCAUCCGUGCUGACUUUCCAAUCGAGGAAGGCAGCAUCUGUCAUCAAUGAUUCUAGAAGUCUGGGAGUGAUGAUUUAUUCACACGUCGUUUUCGCAGCAAUCCGGGGAGGUGUAGUGUUUCUGGAUCAGACAAAUGCUUUGAACGGAAACGUCAUUGUUGCACUGUUCAGCUUCAAUUACAGCUUCGACGCACUCAUUGCUCUUCUGGUGUAUAUUUAUCCAAAAAUUUACAUGGCUCGCUUAGAGCCGGAAGAGUACUUGACGGGAUUCAAUCGAACAGCCAGUACAGCACUGUUGGGUUCCGUCCACAGCGCUCGGAUGUCAAACUCGAGCUCUCAGAAACCUCUGUCCAAGCGUCUUUCUCUGACACGUCUGGCUAGUGCCGCCAAGCGACCGACCAAACAAGAUCUGAAAAUAUUGGUUUGUACGGGGAACCUUGGGAAUGCUGAACCUACAGUGGAAUCAAUGAUGUCAUGGAUUCCUCCAGAUGGUGCUUGCAAUCAGGUGACGCCAUUACCAGGAGUUAGAUCUCUUUUCGCUGGCCACUUUGACUUGAUCGUCAUUGGGAUGCAGGAGUCGACAUGGAAGGGGGAUCACAGUGAGGCCGCCAAAGAGCAAAAAGUACAAAAGGAACAGACACAGGAGCAAAAGGAGAUAUCUGAAGAGGAAAUUCUUCGAGCGAUGGAAGCACACGACACAGCAGCACUUCGACAGAAAGUUCGCGAUGUUCUUGGGGAGGCUUACUUCCAAUGUGCUGAGGAGGCUCGAGGCCAAAUGAGACUACACGUAUGGGCUGCAGAAUGGGUAAUAGAUGAUAUCAAGGAUAUCAAGAUAACCGGAGCAAACACUGGUGUUGGAAAUGUUCUUGCUAACAAAGGUGGAAUAGUGCUAACGCUGAGCUACAUGAAAACAAAGAUAUCGUUCAUUACUGCUCAUUUGGCAGCGCACGAAGGCGAACAGUACUACAAGACAAGGUGCAGGAAUGUAAGAUCAAUUUUUAAGGAAGGAAAGACAAGUACUCUGAGCAGCAAACUUGAUGUGUCCUUGUCAAGUGACCACACUUUUGUCAUUGGCGAUUUGAACUUUAGAACAAAGUUCACUCCUGAAGGAGAACAUGAAGAAAAUGUCGAAAGGGCUUUGAAGUUGAUCAACAAUAAAGACUAUGCCACUUUAUACUCCUACGACGAGCUCUGCAAGGGUAUCGAGUCUGGGGACCUAUUGGUUGACUUCAAGACGCUGCCUUGCAACUUUCCCCCGACAUUCAAAGUAGAACGAGAGGGCGGUUUUGUUUACAAGAAGCAAAGAACCCCAAGCUACACUGAUCGCAUACUUUACAAGUCUAUGCCAAGCAUCAAGAAGAAUAUGCGGCCGUUGGCAUAUGAGCCGUGUCCUGGUUUCAUUACUUCGGAUCAUAAGCCAAUUCGCGGGGCGUUUUCCAUUUCGCCAAAUGGAAGUUUUGGGGCCCUGGUGCUGGAAAAUGAACUCACUUUGACAUUUAAGAGCUUUUCUUGUAUGGAUCUCCCACCAGCUGACUCAAAUGGGUUGGCUGAUCCAUAUGUGAUGAUAAUGUGGGAAAAUGAUCUCCUCGAAGAGCUUUCUGGCAAUCUUCGAAGCAGGCUUCGAAAGGUGCUUUUCCGCAGCACACGUUGGCCUAGGACCUCCUACCAAUCAAGAAACUUGAAUCCGGAGUGGAAGGAAGAAGAGAUUUCUCUUCGUACAAAACGCGGACAAAUUCCUCUAGGAUCGAAAUUGUUCCUUGUUAUGGUCGACUUUGACGCAUUAUCAAAAGAUGACUAUAUGUGUACUGUAUGUCUUGACUUGACUGAGCUUCUUACUUUGGACCCGAAUCAAAAAGAAAAGACAGUGCCAGUGUAUCGACAACUGCAGAGGCAUGGUCGCCACACAGGCCGAAUUAAAGUCCAGGUCCAUGUGAAGCGAGAAACUAUGGCUAGAAGGCAGCAACUCUUUGCUUCGCGAAGUGGGUAUUUUGAAACUAGUCAAAUGCUGAGUCAAAUGUUGACCGAUGAAAACGUUCCAUCAAAUUUAUCGUCCGCUUCCUUCGCUUCAUCGGAUGGAGGGCCAUAG